AGCAGUAACACUCUAAUACCGAUUUUAUUCGACAGCGACCAAGGCGGUGUACCGUUACCGAAACACUCUAAAGCCAUCUAUCGCGCAACGAGUGUAGAGCUUAAGCUUUCAUCGACUUUAGUAUUGUGUACGAUUUACUUUCUACGUCAGUCCCCCCCUAAAGGCCGUUUAGGUUUCACCCGCAUCGCUACCCUCCACUCCAGAAACUAUGCGCUACGCGACCGGGCUUUUGUGAUUGAUAUCGUGGCGGUGUUUUUCAAUCGUGAAGUAAGCGGAAACCCCCAGCACGUCAGAGAAACACUAAGCGCGCUUUCGUCGGUCAUUUAACGGCAAGCAUGGCGGAUCACUACAAGCGAAGCCGAUGGGGCGCCGAGCCCAACGAUCCGGCUGCGAAGCGAAGUCGGUGGGGAGUGGAGCCGUCCAUGCCUCCUCCUGCAUCCCAGGCGGGAGGGGCAGCACAAGCCGCCCUUGCAGCCAUGGCGGCCAUGAAGCAAAAGCAGAAUCUCCACGACAAGAUUAAGGAAAUGAAGUACUUUUUCAUGAUCUUUGUUUUGUAUCGAGUUUCAUGUUUGUUCUUUUUGUUUGUGUGAAGAGGUGCUGCAGGGAACAAACCCAAAAAAAAUUGAUGAAAACUUUAUCAGGGACAAAAACGCAAUGAAUUACGGCAUGGGAGCGGCUCCGAAGCUGAUUAUUGAUAACAUGGGGCGGGAGCUCGACGAGGACGGGAAGGUUAUUCCCAUGCGGGCACCGCAAGUCGCCACCCUGAAAGUGAACCAACGGAGUCGGCCAGGCUACAACCAGGGCUCUGUGAGCUCAUCCUCCACGGCUGACUUCCCGAGUCGGCAGCUUGCGGCAAUGAACAGCGGCAUUGCGUCGAGUAUGACCGGGAUCGGGGGAGCUAGCGGAAUUGCCAGCUACGCGAGCGGCAUCUCCAGCUUCGCGGGUGGCAUCUCCAGCUACGCCGGUUCCAUAGCAGGGCCAGACACGAAGGCACCGGUCAUGGCUGUCAACAAGCAGGUAUCUAUUAUGCUGUGCGUCGAGUGACUAUCAUUUCAAUAAAUUUUAUCCGGGCGACCACCCGAAUCGGGAUGAUGUGCUUAUACACGCUCCCGUUUUAUUCGUGCUGAAGGGAGGUAGCGUUCACUAUUUAGUCGCAUAACGGAACCUCUUACAGCAUUAACGUUAUCACACGACAGGGCCAAUCUGUGCUACACUCCGCGAAGCACUUCGAUCCUAAAGUGCGGCUCCGUGGUGCAGGGCUGCGCGACAAGCGAAGAAUGAUGGGGUUCAGUUUUGUACAGGACGAUAAGUACAUUGCCCAGCAAGAAGAGAAGGAUAAGGAGGAAGCGCAGAAGGCAGCAGCGAAGGCCUUGGAAGAGAAAAACAAAAAGACCGAGGUACUUAUGAUGAUUUUUGAUUUCCGCUCGUCGAACUUCUUGUUAAUUUGCUAGACCUUACGUUUUCCUUGACAAAAGCUGUGCGAUUGCCGCUAUCGCUUCUCAGUGAUCCCUUUACAAACGAAUACCCAGGCUGGCGAUGGUACUGGUGCAAAGACGGGGGCUCAAUUGAUAGCAAUGAGCACAAAAGCCGCGCGCGCGCCGCCAGCUCCCGUCCCCGAGCACGUUGAAUGGUGGGACGCACUGUUGCUGAAAAAGAGCGACAAAGCCCCGGCGUAUGAUCUAGACAUGAUCGACGAGAGGCGGGUCACAAAUUACGUGGAGCACCCAGUUCCCAUUAAACCGCAGACAAUUUCUCUGCAGAAAGAGAUGACUGUGAAGCCCCUUGAAAGCAUGCUCACACCCGCGGAGAGGAAGAAACUGCGCCGGAGAAACCGCCAGGAGCGCGCCCAGCAAAUGCGAGACAAAAUCAUGAUGGGUGUCAUUGAAGCACCGCCACCAAAGGUACAAGAGUUUGCAAUUCUAGGUCUGUAUAAUUCGAGACCAGGAAGAGGCGAGAUGUGCGUUCUUUCCUACCGUAGUUCUUAUUGAAUGAAAACAUAGACAUACAAAGCGAAAACGUACGAUCUGAACAAGCACUCUACCUUUCGACUUAUACAUUGCAGGUGAAAUUUUCUAACCUGAUGCGUGUGUUGGGUGAUGAGCAGAUCGCGAAUCCGACCGCGAUCGAGCAGAAGGUGAAGCGCGAGACCGAACAGAGGCGGCUCGACCACGAGAGGCGGAACGAGGCCGCGAAGCUGGAUCCGGAGGCCCGGAAGAAAAAGAAGCAGCAGCGCUGGGACGGCAACACCAUCGGGGGCCCCGCCCCGAAGACCGACGGUCGGUCGUCGGUCAACGAAACGCACGUGCUUGCGUUCUCGAUCAAGGACAUGAAGCACGGCAAGCACCAGUUUAAGGUCACCGUAAACGCGGAGCAGUUCCAGCUGUCCGGGGUCCUCAUCAUGUGCACGGGCCUCGCAAAUUUGUUGAUCGUAGAAGGUGGCAAGCGGGCGAUAACAAAGUACCGGAAAUUGAUCAUGCGCCGUAUCAAGUGGGACGAGACCGCCGCAGGCGGUGAAGACGAGGAUGACGACGACGAAGAUAGCGACGGCGGCGGAGGGCCGGCGAAAAAGGACGAUCCAGCGACGCUAAUGUGGCAAGGUAAGGGGUGACCGCUUGUUUGCAUCAGACUCGUUUUCCAUAAUAUACUUAUUCCUUGUCAAGUUUUUUUGUUUGUAAGGCUCGUUCGAAGUUUUGCGUGCCUUGCAUUUUUGCAUGAACCAUGGAUGCGCUCAGUUUAACUAGUUCGGUCGAUAUGUUGAUUCCUAGAUGGGUAUAAUUUGAUUUCUUUCUUCUACAGGUACGAUCCAGAAGCGGCUUUUCGACGGUUUCAAGGCGCAUACGAUUAAGACCGAGGCAGAAGGGCGGCAGAUAUUGGCUUCUCGAGGGUGCGAGUCCUACUGGACCAUGUUGGAAUCGUACCGCGACGCAAAUCAGGAUCUCUGA